UAGAGAGGGACCCUGACUGUAGGAAACUCCUGCUUGAAGACCUGCUUGUGUGUGAGAUGCGGCAUGUUACCAAGUAUCCUCUGCGUUUGGAGAAUAUCAUUAAACACACAGAAGCUGGAUCAAAUGAAAUGAAAGCCCUGCGUCUCUGCCUGGAACGGUGCCGGGCUAUACUGAAAGACGUAAAUGCAUCAAUGGCGAGGAUCGAGAAUGAAAAAACCCUGGCAGAUAUUCAGAAGCAUCUGGAUACAACGGCUCUCAAAAAGAGCAAGCAUCCGACAGCAGCUGAGUUUGCACACUUGGACCUCACUAACAAACGAUUAUUCCAUGAAGGGCUUGUAACAUGGAAAAGAUCACAGAACAAAACAACUGAAUUACAAGCUCUGCUUGUAGACGAUCUGCUUGUUCUGCUCCGUAAAAAGAAGAAUAAAUUGGUUCUCAAAUAUAAGGAAGAAAGGGACCCCAAAACCAAGACAAAGAAUGUGUUCAGUCCUGUCAUCAAGCUGAACAAUCUGUUAGUCCGCCCUGUGGCAACAGAUCGGAGAGCAUUCUUUGUAGUGGAUACAUCACUACAGUCACCCCAACUGUAUGAAUUUAUAACAGCAUCGACCUCCGAGAAAAAUAAGUGGAUUCAGGUGAUACAAGAAGCUACAAGAGAAGUGAUGGAGAAACCAUCAACAGAAAUAGGAAUGAAAACAUCGGCAGACCCAGUAAUUCCCCCUGACAGCUGUAUUGAGACGCUGGAAGAACCAGCAAACGAGGGGACUGGUGAACCAUCUGGGGACGCAGAAAUGAAAGCUGAAGUAAUUCCCUCUGUUAGAAGAGAUGUUAGCGAAGCUGGGGAGGGAUCCAUCCAUGGGCCCGAGGAAGGAAAGAACAAUGAAACUGACCGCACAGUACCUCCCACCUCCAGCUCAGAGAAAAAGAAAUUCGACAUAGGCUGCACUGCGGAACACGUUUGGGACAUGCUCUGUUACGUUAUCAUAGUUUGCUGCUGUUUGGAGGACCCCGAAGAAAAAGAGGCGAAUGGUGAAACAUCUGUAUAGGCAGAAAUGAAAAAUUGAACACCCGAUGACACAGUAAUUCCCCCUGACAGGUGUAUACUGAGAUGGAAGAAGAAGGACAAGAACCAACAGAAGAUCCCUCCGGUUCCACAGUAUCCAGCAACGAAGACCUUGAUGGCACAAUAUGUCCUGCUGCGGAGUGAGAUGGCAUAUUAUGGUGAUUGAAGGAGAUAAAAACUAACCAAUGGAUGAUCCAUGUGAUGCCACGGAGUCCAGCAAUGAAUAGUCUGAAGAGC